CGACCACACCUACCAUGACUGGACCUCCCUCAGCUGUAUCAGGUGAGAAUGUCACCCUGACAUGCUCCUCCUCCUCCCUGAGUCUGCCCUCGGACCACCCCCCACUGAACAUGACCUACACCUGGAGGAGGAACAGGACCCUGCUAGCAUCUGGUGAUAGGCCUCACACAGGCGGAGAUGUCCUGACAAUAACCCACAUCAGCAAAGAGAACCAGGGAGAAAUCUACACCUGCCAGGCUGUGGAGGAGGGGCUGGAGUCUGACUGGAGUCACGGACAUGUACUGGAUGUUCACUUUGGACCUGACCAGAUACAGUUUGACGGUGCAAGUGACAGGCUAAAGGCAGAAGAAGGGAAACCUAUCACAGUGAGAUGUUCUGCUGACUGUCACCCCGCCUGCACUGUGACCUGGUGGGACACAUCCAGACAGAGGGAGAUCACAGGACAGAGGAAUGAUAUGUUGUAUAUACCAGCUGUAGACAGAUCUGUGUCUGGACAGUACAUCUGUCACGUCAACAACAGAUAUGGGAAUACAUCACGGAACCUGACGCUGGACGUUUUCUCACGUGAGGUUACUGAAGCUGGCGUCGCUUCCAUCGUCUACGUGGCUGCUGUUUGUUCUGUGCUGAUCGUCGUCAUCGCCGUGGUCGUCAUAUUUGCUGUUCGUAGAAAACAGACAGGUGGAGAGAGGGGACCCAUUCAUAACCACGUGGUCACAUAUACCCCGGACGCUGAAACAGACGGGAGCUACCAGGAAAUUGAAGAGAGAGGAUACAUUAAUAAUCGCGUGGUCUCAUAUAUCCGGGAUGAGGAAAAUGAAGGUAGCUACCAGGAGAUAGAAGAAGAUGAUGUGAACGUAGACGACAUCGUCCCUAUUGUAGCCGUCUACUCUGUUAUACUCACCGCUGUGACAGUUGUUGUUGCAGCAGUUGCUAUUCUUGGCUGCAAGGACGUGAAAGAGGGACACAGCUUAAGAUGUGGUGAAUAUCUCACUGUGGUGGGGGAGAGACUAUCCUGUGACAUCAGUGAUGCACCUUGUGCUGCCAUCAACGACGAGGAUGCCUUAUCCCUGCAUGAUUAUGAGCGACUACUGAGGGAACAGUUCCACAUCUACACAUGUCUCAACUCAUCAGCUUCCUCUACACAGGACCAACGUACCAGGGGUAGCCUUAUGUGAGGGUAGAGGGAACAGUUCCACAUCUACACGUCUCUCCACCCUUCAGCUUCUUCUACAGAGGGCCACAGUACCAGGUGCAGCCUCGUAUGAGGGAACAGUUCCACAUCUACACGUCUCUCCACCCUUCAGCUUCCUCUACAGAGGGCCACAGUACCAGGUGCAGCCUUAUGUGAGGGUAGAGGGAACAGUUCCACAUCUACACGUCACUCCACUCUUCAGAUUCCUCUACAGAGGACCACAGUACUAGGUGCAGCCUUGUAUGAGGGAACAGUUCCACAUCUACACGUCUCUCCAUCCUUCAGCUUCCUCUACAGAGGACCACAGUACCAGAUGCGGCCUCGUAUGAGGGAACAGUUCCACAUCUACACGUCUCUCCACCCUUCAGUUUCCUCUACAGAGGGCCACAGUACCAUGUGCAGCCAUAGACACCCCUAUGUGCGAUACAGGGAAACUUGCGAGAUCCUGGCGUUUGAUAUUAACAUUUAUGGAAUAUGGUUGAUUGUGUCGUGUGAUAUAUCACGUCAGCACACGUGCUUGUCCAUUGCAGAACUUGCGAAUGGCCGAGUUUGUGCAAUGCAGUGAUGAAGACUUUUAAUAAAGAAAGAAAAAAAAUGUAGUUACUGUGCCUUGUCAUCGCUGAUCGAGGCGGUAGCUUGUACCCUUGAGAAGCUUCUAUCUUAUAUUUCCUAUACAA